AUGGCGCGGCGCGGCGGCAUGGCUCGGCAACUAGCAUGCUGCUGCUUCCUGGUGGCGCUCGCGCUGGCGUGCAGCGCGGCCUUGGGAGCAACCGCGCCCAGGAAGACCGCUCCGUCCAAAAACCCCCCCAGGUCGUCGCUCCAGACGUUCAAGUUCCCAAAAUCCGGCGGUAAGCGGCUCUACUCCAUCAGCUGCAAGAAAGAAAGGGGAAAACCGCUCUGCGUCAUGGCCUGCCCGGCCAAAUGCCCCAACGAGUGCCUCGCAUCCUGCAGCUACUGCAUGUCAUUCUGCCUGUGUGAUAUCUUCCCUGGAACCUCUUGCGGCGACCCUCGUUUCACCGGCGGCGACGGCAACACCUUCUACUUCCACGGGAAGAAGGACCAGGACUUCUGCAUCGUCUCCGACAAGGACCUCCACAUCAACGCCCACUUCAUCGGCAACCACAACCCUGCCGUUAGGCGCAGCUUCACCUGGAUCCAGGCCAUCGGUGUAAGCUUCGGCGGGCACCGCCUCUUCAUCGGCGCUCGCAAGGCUGCCCAGUGGGACGCCGACGAGGACCACAUCGACAUCACGCUCGACGGUGAGACCGUCGAUGUGGAGACCUUCAAGGGUGCGCUGUGGGUAUCCAAGGCUCUCCCCAACCUCUCCGUCACCCGCACCGACAACCUGAACGCUGUCACGGUCGAGCUUGACGGCGUGUUCAGCAUCAAUGCCAACGCGGUGCCAAUCACGGAUGAGGACUCACAGAUCCACAACUAUGGCAAGACCGAGAGGGACAGCCUCGUGCAUCUUGACCUUGGCUUCAAGUUCCAUGCCCUCACCAAGGCCGUUGACGGUGUGCUCGGCCAGACCUAUCAGCCUGAUUACGUCAGCAAGGUGGACAUAGGUGCCAAGAUGCCAAUCAUGGGUGGCGCACCAAAGUACCUCUCGUCGAACCUCUUCUCCACGGAUUGCGCCGUCUCCAAGUUCACCGGCAACAAUGUCGCCGGCCCCGUCGUUACCUACGCCUCGUAA